CGCGCACGGGUGCAGCGGGGGAGCAUCGAGGCUGCGGGGUUUCCCCUGGAGAUGGGCCUGUUGUUAUGAUGGAGCCCGACAUCCCGAGCCCGCUGUUGAGGGUGCUGGAGUUGUACAGCGGAAUUGGCGGCAUGCACUACGCGCUGAAAGGAAGUUGCAUUGCUGCUGAAGUUGUUGCUGCAGUUGACAUCAAUACUGUUGCUAAUGAAGUUUAUAAAUGCAACUUUCCAAACACUUGCAUCUACCCCAAAACAAUUGAAGGUAUGACAGUAGAUGAGUUCAACAAAUUAAACUUUGACAUGAUCUUGAUGAGUCCUCCUUGUCAGCCAUUCACAAGAUUAGGUGCACAGAAAGAUAUAUUGGAUUCCAGGACCAAGAGCUUUUUGUACAUCCUUGCUUUACUGCCAAGCCUUGCAAAGCCUCCUAAAUAUAUUCUUCUUGAAAAUGUCAAAGGAUUUGAAACAUCUGUUGCAAGGGAUAAAUUGAUACAAACGCUGGAGAGCUGCAGAUACUCAUACCAAGAAUUCCUUCUCUCUCCAACCUUGUUGGGCAUACCAAACUCAAGACUACGAUAUUUUCUCCUCGCCAAGCUCCAACCUGAUGCAUUUUGCUUCCAAACUUUCACUCAGGUACUAGAACAAUUCCCAGACCAUGAUAGUGUGGAAGCCACAAAUGCUUCAAGUUUUACUCAGACGUUAUCUGCUGAUGAUAACAAAAAGAAGGGGAAUAACUCUGAUUGUUGUACUAAUGAAAUCAUAAGCGGAAGAGAUGAGACUGUGCUUUACAAAUUAGAGACAUUAAGACAUGUGAAACGGAAACAUAGCCAGGACAAUAAUUCAUCAAUGCAGAUGAUCCAGGAUUUCUUGGAGGAGGAAUUGGAAGAUCCAAGCCCAUACUUCAUACCUCCAAAGUCUUUACUGCGAUAUGCUUUGAUACUGGACAUAGUUGGACAGACUUGUAGAAGAUCAGUGUGUUUCACUAAAGGGUAUGGCUGUUACAUGGAAGGAACAGGUUCAGUGUUGAAGACUGCAUCAGAUGUGGAGCUUGCCUUAGUAUUCCAGUCAUUUGAAACAUUGUCAGAAGAUGAAAAGUUAACCCAACUGGCAAAAUUGAAACUUCGAUAUUUCACCCCUAGAGAAAUUGCAAAUCUCCAUGGAUUUCCUCCAGAAUUUAGUUUUCCUGAGGAAAUUUCACUGAAACAAAGAUACCGUCUGCUGGGAAAUAGCCUCAAUAUCCAUGUGGUAGCCAAGCUUAUUAAAUUGAUGGUUGAAUGAUGCUGAAAAUCCAUAACUUCUUUGAUAUAUGGUAUAUAAAAAUGUGUAUCUGUUUAUUUUGACCAACAAGUAAUAGAUCAUAUGAAAAGGUUUCACAAUGGUGCAUAUCAGAAGUGAUCAUUGAUUUUAUUAAGACUAAUUAAUUUAUUUGUGUUGAUAUCUUGAAACAGUUUUAUCAUUUGCUCCUCUUGCAUGUACCUGCUCAAUCUGAAUGGUUUGCUGUAGUUUGUGACUUAAGUCUGUUAUUCACCAUGUAUUGUAAUGCAAACUCAUUAAAAUAAUUAUUGGAUGUACAUAUUAAAUGAUGCCUGUUUCUAAUAAAGACAAUUAAAAACUGUAUUCAGUAAACUUACAAAUAUUUUCUGCCAUCAGAUUGUAACUUACUAUGAGAAAAGUAAAUGCUCUUGUACACUAUAUUUUUAAUGCUUCAGUACUGACAAGAGGACAUUCACCUGAAAUGUAAACUCUGUUUCUCCCUCCACAGAUGCUGCUUGACCUGCUGGGUAUUUUGAGCAUUUUCUAUUUUUACUUCAGAUUUAAAGCAUCAGCAGAUUUUUGCUUUUCAUGCCCAAUGGUGAUGAUGUCUGUCGUGGUUUAGAUAAAUUACAAAUUUAAUUUCCUUCUAUUGCUAUCAAAGUUGCCAAAUCUGUUACUUUAUUUUAACAUGAGGUAUGACAAAAACUAUCAAAGUAAUUGUUCAAGAUCACAGGCUAAAGGGGCCGUUCUGUGAAGAGUCACUGUGACCUUUAAUGUUAGAAAUUGCAGCAAUCAAGGCAAUUAAGUUUCACUUUUAUGAGAUUACAAGCACAAAUAUUGCACUCCAACGUCAUUUAAAGUCUUUUAAGU